CCCUCUCUCUCUCUCUCUACAAAGUUUUCCAACCGUGGAGGCCGCGUGGAUUGCCUCCGGGGCAUCGUUUUCCCCGGAACCGAGGCGUGUCGGGACAUUCACCUCCUUCUGUUUAAUUCAUCCGAUUCUUGUUUUGGGUAUCUGGUUUUGAUUUUGCUGACUGAGGAGUGAGUAGGUUGGAUCAUGCAACAUGGUUCUUGACAGUGUCCUGUCUUCUCCUCACAGGAGGUCCCCAUCAUUCCGAAAGCCCUUUCCUCCGAACGAGUUUGGUAGUUGGUCGACUCUCGUUCAGCGGCAUCGCUUCCUCCUAACGGCACUCGUCCUCUUGACUUUUCUUUGCACAAUUUACCUUUACUUUGCUGUCACCUUAGGCUCUUCCUCUUCUUGCUUUGGGAUGACGGGGGUGCAAAAAGAACAGUGUCGAUUGGAGCUCGCAAAGGCUUCCAUGGCUAAAGGGAAACUGAAAAUUCUAUGAUACUUGGGUUUGUCUCCAAAACUUUGUGCCCUUUGUUUGUAAUUCUCAACAAUUUGGGUUGAAGUUAGUCAGUUUGUGUAGUAAAAUGUAAGUGAGCUCUCUAUACAUGAUAUCUUAUUAAAAAAACAAAAAAAAGAAGAAGAAUUCUUCAAAAAAAUGCAUUAAUCAAUCAUUUUGUGUUUGCAGAUUUAUGAUGUAUGUUCUCUUCAGUGCAUUAAAACGAAUUGUGUUAAUUCUGAAGAGGCCAAAUUAAAAGUUCUAUUUGAGCAAUUUUUUGGUGCCUGAGAUUUAUGAAAUCUGUUUGGUCGA